UGAGAGUUUGCGUUCUCUUUUUGUUGAGGUUUUGUGCGGCCUGAUGAUGUGGCGGCAGACUUUCUGUCUCAUUCUGUCGGUGAUCUUUACAGGGUCUCUUUCAGUCUCUUGGGACAUGACGGUUUCUCCGGUGGUCUAUGUCCCCAGAGGAGAGGACGCUGUCCUCAGCUGCUCCUUCACUCACCCCAGACAACAGUCCUACUCGGGGAAGAUAACAGUUAAAUGGCUCGCGAGAGAAUCAAACGCUCCCCCGUUCCUCAUCUGCUCGAUUAAAAAUGAGUCCACGGCUGAGCUCUGCUCCAUUUCUGAGUUAAAACAUUCUGUGGUGGGAGAUCCUCGACGGGGGGAGCUGUCCCUCCUCAUCAGGAGCGUCCAUCUGGGGGACAACGGGACGUACUUCUGCAGGGUGGAGCUGGACAGUUGGAUAGCUAAAAUUCAAAAAGAGACACAGCUUUAUGUGACAGUUGAACCAAAGAUCCUGAGCCUCUCCGUGGUCGAGGCGAGCCCCGGCUCGGACAGCGCCCCCCGCAGGCUGCGCUGUGAGGCGGAGGGUCACCCGCUGCCCACCAUCACCUGGCUGUCAGCCUCCAGGAGCUUUAUGAAAGACCAGAUCCAGACCUCCAAGGUGGGCCUGAUGCGGCUGGUCAGCUGGGUGCCGUACCUGGAGGAGGAUGUGUUCACCUGCAGGGUGGAGAGCAGGGUGGGCGGAGCCGAGCGGCGGUAUCCAGCCGUUAAUACUCUGAUGAUCGCAGCUCUGACUGUGUGCGGCCUCAUCGUGCUGCUGCUGCUGUCCGCUGGAUUCAUCCUCCGCAGGAGAAACACAGCUCGAGCCGACAUGUCUCCAGUUUAUGAAAAUGCUGAUGCAGUGGAGAAUCAUCGCCUGCAGGACUCGGACCCUCCUGCUGAGGGCGAUGGCGAGCUUCAGCUGGUUUAUUCUGCCGUCAGUCUGACCCACUCCACUUCCUCUCAACAUGAGAGUUGCCAGAGCUCCUCGCGACAGCAGGAGCCGUCAGGUGUCCUCUACUCUCCCGUGAACAUUCAGUAGUGAGUGAGGGAACAACAAAAAAAGUUCCUGAUUUUAGAGCAGCAUCAAUAAGACGGCGUUUCAUGGGGACACACAAGUCGGCUUUCUGAGUCACACUCGUACGCCGAAAGCACCGACAGAGCCCUGCCAUUACUCGAGUUGGGAGUGAGAGCGGGUUGUAACUUUGGUCUUGUUCUUAUGUGCAUCUCUUAUAAUUGGCCUUAAAUGAAUCGAUCAGUUGUUGGAUUUCCACGACAUUUGUGCAGACAUUUAUUUACCCCGCAGCAUGAAUCCUGCAGUUUGGGAACAACACGACUCUUUCUGUGGCGCCACAACAGGCUCUUCCUAAAAAAUCUGCACAGAUAUCAGAUGGAUUGUGAUGAAAUGUGGUUCAUCGUUGAUGCAUCAGGAGUUUAUCUGCUGUGUGUGUUGACGUCCUCCAGCAGGAGGAGCCGCAGGUCGACUCUGGUGUUCACACACUCUCCUUUUGUUCUCGCUCUGUUGUUACUGGUUCAGGACUAUUUGCUCAACAAAGGGACAUUUUAAAGUAAACAAUGAUAUUUUCAUGGAUGGAUUACUGACCGGGCCAAUCGGGCUCAGGCUGUGGGGCCCCGGGGGUCAGGGGGCCCCACAGCUUGAGCCUAUCAUCAACAUUUGUCAUUACAAGUUAAAAAAGGGCCACUGACUGAGAGUCGAGUGACAUGUUGCUCGUUAUUAUUUAUGUGAAUAAAGGGGCCACGACUUUAUGUUUCAGAGAGGCUUAAAUAAGUUAAAUAAAUAUUUUUGU